CAAAUCGUAUGAUCUUGAAUCCAACGCCCCAGAUGAUUAGAUGUUCAAAUUUCUCCCCAAGAUUCAUGAACAAAGAAAGGACAAUAGGUCAAAGGCAGAUAAGAGGGUUGAUUGGAUAAACUCCCUUUUGAAACUUCCAUUCAUUUCAUCACUACUGACACAUACAAUUUCAUUCCCUCAUAAAUCAAACCCGAAUCUUUGUUUUUCCAUAUAUGAAUCAAUCUUGAUCAACUACCCUCAUCAAAAUUAAUGGUUUUCAUCCAAAAAUGACACUGAAAUUCAUCCAAGAACUGAACUUCCGGCUGUCGGAGCACCCAUCCGUCGUCUACUUCCGGUGGAGCCCCACCCAAUCAUGGGGCUCAACUUGGAUUUUCCUCAUCACCUCCAUCUCCGCUUACAUUGCCGUCUCCGUCACCCUCCACGUCUUCCUCCUCCUCCUCCGCCGCCGUAAGCCCGUCCCACUAGGCCCUAUUCCCGCCCUCCACAGCCUGGCCAUGGCCCUACUCUCCGCCACCAUCUUCGCCGGGAUCCUCUCCUCCUCCGUGGCGGAAAUCCGCGACACCCGGUGGUUCUGGCGGCGGUCCAAAACCCCUUUUCAGUGGCUCCUCUGCUUCCCCCUCGGCACCCGCCCCUCCGGCCGCGUGUUCUUCUGGUCCUACGUGUUCUACCUAUCCCGCUUCCUCCAUAUCUUCAGAACCUUCUUCACAAUCCUCAGACACCCGCAGAAGCUCCCCCAUUUUCAGAUUUUCAACCACUCCAUCCUCAUCUGCAUGUCGUUCCUCUGGCUCGAGUUCUCGCAGUCUUUCCAGGUUCUUGCGAUCCUCUCCAUGACUCUGGUCUUCGCGACGGUUUACGGAUACAGAUUCGCGACGGAUGUUGGACUGCAGAAAAGCUCCAGAUUCCCGCUUGUGAUGCUCUGCCAGAUUAUUCUGGUGGUGACGAAUUUGGGGUGGCAUGUUGGGGUUCUCGUCCUCCAUUUCUUGAAAGGCGGGUGCAAUGGAAUGGGGGCCUGGGUGUUCAACACCGUGCUCAACAGCUUUGUGCUUCUGCUUGUGCUCAACUUUUAUGUCAAGAAGUGCUUAAGUGAGAGAGACUUUGCUGCUUCUGGAGUUGAAGGAAAAGCUGCAGCUUCAGAAAUAAGCUAUAAGCUGCUGACGAGCUCCGAUCGAUUGUGAGGAAAUGGGAUUAAUUCUUGAGUUUGUGCUAGAUUUUUUUAAUUAAAUAUUGUGAUUUCUGCUUCUUAAUCUUGUUGUUUUAAGCUGGAAGUCUGUAAAUACAGACAGCGGCUUUUGGAUUAAUCCAGCUAUCUUUAAGUUGUUUAAUGGAGGAUAUUGUUCAACUCA